AUGUCGCUGUUGCGCUGUCAUGUCGCUGUUGUGCGGCCAUGUCGCUGUUGCGCGGCCGUGGUGAGCGGUCGUGUCAUCGAUUGCUGCUGUCACGCCAUGAGUUCCCUGGCUCCGUCUGACCCGAAAAAGCAGAAGCAAACGUCGUCCUACGCGGCCCAAAUUGUGAACUUUUCAUCUGAUGUCUGCUUUGACCUAUUUACUGAGCUGCAAAGUAUUCUGGAGAAGGAAGCACCUGAGGCUGCUCCCUUAAUGAAAAAAUUGGUUGGCUUGCUCACUCCUAACCCUGCUGAGAUUGUGGCUGCCGAAGCGGGUGCGAUUUGUAGUCAUCUCGGGUAUUCAUCAAGAUUCGCAUCAGCGUCAGGCGGCCACGGAACGGGCGGUGAGAUUUUGGACAAGCUUGAUGUCGGAGCGCGAAGUUGA